UAAAGAAUUGAUUCAAUUCCUUCGAUGGAGUUCGCAUCUUCUUCUUUAUCAUCUUCAUCUUCAUCCUUCUUAACAUCAGAACCCCAUUUCAUACACGAUGUGUUCAUAAACUUUGGUGGAGAAGACAUCGGUAGAAGGUUUGUGUCUCAUCUCCACUCUGUCCUUUUACAAAAUCAAGUCAAAACUUUUAUUAGCCAGCAGAAUCUGCAUGAGGGAAUGGAGCUGGAAGAGCAGAUGCGAGGAAUAGGAGGUACUAAGAUUACAAUAAUUGUUUUCUCCAAAUCAUACGCUGAAUCUGCUUGCUGUCUUCUUGAGCUUGAAAAAAUCAUUGAAUGCCCCCAAACUUUUGGCCAAAUUGUUUUGCCCGUAUUUUACGAAAUUGACCCAUUGGAUGUACGUCAUCAAAACGAUGAUUUUCGGAAAGCAUUGGAAGAAACUGCAGGCAGAAGNUAUGCGUUGUACAAGUGGAACCGUGCACUCAACACAGCUGCGAGUAUGACUGGUUGGGAUGUCAGAAAUUUCAGACACGAUGCUGAACUUGUAGACGUAAUUGUUAACCGCGUUAACACAUUACUGGACUAUAAAGACUUAUUUAUUACCGAAUAUCCUGUUGGAUUAGAGUCCCGCGUGGAAGACGUGAUUAAAUGUAUUAAAAAUCAAACUACCAAAGUGUGUAUGAUAGAAAUAUGUGGAAGGGAAGGAUCAGGUAAAACAACUUUAGCCAAAGCCAUCUACAAUCGAAUUUAUCGUGAAUUCAUUGGUAAGAGUUUUAUUCAGAAUAUUCGCUAUGAAGGGUAUGUUGCUUUGCAAGAAAAUCUUCUUUCUGAUGUCCUAAUAUCCAAGCCGGGGGUGAAAAGCGUUGGGAUGGGAAGAACUAUGGUCGAGAAUGGCUUUUCUCGAGAAAAGUUGCUCAUUGUACUGGAUGAUGUGAAUGACUUUGACCAAUUAAGAAACCUAUGCGGGAGUCGUGAAUGGUUCGGUCAAGGAACUGUCAUAAUCGUUACUAGUAGAGAUUUUCACUUGCUGAACCAAUUCAGAGAUAAUUAUGUUUAUAAAAUGGAUAUUUUGAACGAAAAUGAGUCACUUAAGCUUUUUAGUUGGCAUGCAUUUAGAGAUGCAAUACCAGAAAAAGAAUGGUAUGAACUCGCAAGAAACGUCGUUGUUUAUUGUGGAGGACUACCGCUAGCUCUUGAGUUCCUUGGUUCCUAUUUAUGUGAUAGGACAAUUGAAGUGUGGGAAAGUGUAUUAUUGAAACUACAAAGAAUUCCCCCGAAUGAACUUCUAAGCGUAUUAAAAAUAAGUUUUGAAGAUUUACGUGACACGGAAAAGGAUAUAUUUCUGGAUGUAUGUUGUUUCUUUAUUGGCAAAGAAAGAGAGUAUGUGACAGAGAUAUUAAAUGGGUGUGGACUACAUGCUGAUAUUGGAAUAACACUUCUCAUAGAACGUGGCCUCAUAAAAGUUGAAAGCAACAACAAACUUCAAAUGCAUCCUUUGCUACAAGAGAUGGGAAGAGAAAUUAUUCGUCAAGAAUGCCCAGAGAAACCGGGGAAAAGGAGUCGAUUGUGGUUUCCGGAUGAUGUAGAAGAUGUACUGAAUAAGAAUACUGGGACAAAAGCUAUAUUGUCCCUGAAACUUCAUUCCAGCAUUGGAGAUUGGUUUGAAGCUCAUGCUUUCAAGGAAAUGAAGAGACUAAGACUGCUACAACUUGAUAAUGUAAAACUUAGUGGAAAUUAUGGGCACAUUUCUAAACAACUGAGAUGGAUUUGUUGGCGAGGGUUUCCUUAUAGAUACAUUCCAAACAACUUUAAUUUGGAAAAUGUAAUUGCAAUGGAUUUAAAGCAUAGUCAUCUUCAACUCAUUUGGAAACAACCACUCUGGAAAAAACCCCAGGUUUUAGAGCGGUUAAAAUUCCUUAAUCUUAGUCACUCCAAAUACUUGAAAGAAACACCAGACUUUCGGGGAUUACCAAGUCUUGAACAGCUCAUUUUAAAAGAUUGUCCAAGUUUGCUCAAGGUACACCAAUCCAUUGCUGAUCUCUCCAAUAUAGUAGUGAUAAAUCUGAAGGAUUGCACAAGUCUAAGCUAUCUCCCAAUAGAGAUAUAUAAGUUGAGAUCUUUAAAAACUCUCAUCCUAUCUGGUUGUUCGAAGCUUGACUCAUUGGAAAAUCCUUUGAAACUAUAAUUGCUGAGAAUAGAACACCGAAACAAACGUCCUUUUACAUUAUGUAAGCUCAAAAUUUAUCAGAUAUAAAUCCCAACGUUGAAUUUGAAGGAUUAUUGGUAAAUAUUUGCUUUUAUACUCCACUUGUCAUCUUUAUUUACUUUAUUUUUUUGUUUUAGUUGUUGAAUAAAGU